AUGUCUGAAGCCGAGGACAGUACACUUGAAUCAAGCGAGUUUGGCAACCAAGCAUCUGCUGAUUCAACAGAGUUAGACGGUAGCAUCCAAACGCCUGCAAGAGAUGUAGAUAAAAAGGAUUCUGAUGACGCGAUAAAGGACGAAGAAAAGCCAAUCAACAUGUCUUUUAAUACGAAAUCGAGAAACAUAAUUCGUUAUACGAGAGAGCAAUUGUUGGAAUUGCGCGAAAGCCCACUUGUUAAAAAACCGGACGCUCUACCACCAAUUAGUUCGUGGUUUGGGGAGCCGGUGGUAAAGAAAGAAAAGAGAAAUAACACUGACGGUGUUCAGGAUAAUGAAAAAGGCAAACAACUUGGUCAAAGCUUCGUUGAUGGAUUAAAUAAGUCCAAAGACGACUUGACUGCAGGUAUUUCGAAAAGCCCCUUAAUAGGAUCUUCAAAAAGUCCUAACGGAUCGGAGCCAACAUCUCCCAAACCAUCAGGCAUGUAUAAAAUUAUUCUUGGACCUCCUAAAACGAUUUUCGCUUCAUCUUCUGUUGGAGGAUUAAAAAGCGCAGAAGACAAACCAAAUCAGGCUAGAGCUGGCAGGUCUGAUGGAAUGCGACAACGUCAAGAUGAAUAUUCGAGGGCUGGAAUUAAGGAUUUUGAACCCCGGGCUCCUCGUGGUCCUACAGGUGAACGAGGUUUCGUUGGUAGGGAAGCUCUGAGGGAACGAGCUCUAGCGGAUAAAGCACUCAAGGAAUCAAUGGGAUCAUCGCAUAAUUCUCACAGUCGUGGUUUAGGCCAUACAAGAUCUCAAGAUACAAAUAGGAACAGCCGUAGAGAUGGUGAUGAAAAUUUGGCCAGUCCUUUUAAUAUUUCUAUAUUAUCAGAUUUUAAUAUUUGUUUCGUUUCUGCAGGUGGUGGC